CGAGAAGAUAUUGCUCAGCAGAUGCUUUGGCCAACGAUGGACGUCCUAGUUGUGCCGCGUUCAAUCUUUCACGAUGUUCUACACCGGUUUAGGGACAUCGGAAUCUCGAAGGGAAGGUACUGGUCGGCCACAUGUACGAAGGCUGGAGACGAUCGUUUUAUUGGUCCUACUGCACCACCGUCAUCAAACGGCUUCCUUGAUAGUCAACACCGAUCCACACAAACGGUCCGUAAUGUAAGAACUCAACAGACAUCAGAAGUCUUGGACAUAACGCAUCUGGUUCUCUAUAUCGGAGAGGCAUUGAGAAGAGAGGCAAAUCACCAUCUCGCUUGGGCACUUCAACAAUGGGUGCUGUUCUCUUCUCACAUGGGUGCCGGUUUGGUUUGUCGCAAUCAGUAUACCGGACCAUGUGUGUAGAAGACGUGGCGAACGCUUUGCUUCAUGUAUCAUGCGUCAGACGAGUCAGUAAGAGCACUGCAGACUCAAAUCGUCCAGACGAAUUAAUAAAUGCUAUAAAUGGUCAGUGGGGGGAAUACGCAAGACUUUCUUCCUAUUCGGUUCAAGUUUCGAUGGUCGUCUCGCAUCUGGCGUAUAAAAUUAACAAGAAUCUCUUCUCGGCUUCUGACAUCGUUGGUAAAGAGGCGAAAACCAUCGAGUACAACAUGAUGGCGAUUUCUCAUCAAAUGCAAGUGGAAGACGUUCUCAAGUCGAGAUGUAUCAACGAUCUCGGCAUUCCAGAAGUUCUCAAAAGGAAGGAUGAAGACGUUGAACACGCAGCUGCAUGUUUCCUACUCGAGGCUAACAAAGGAUUCGUCUUGGAGACUAGCCUGACAGGGGUGGUCAAUGAAUUUCGAGGUCGGAUGAUAAAAGGCAUCAGAGCGUUGGAACGGUGCUCAACCAAGGAGACAAGUGCUUGUAUAGCAAAAAUAAUAAAGGAUAGCAAAGAGUCUGCGGAGAUUCUUAGGAGAGAAUUAAACACGCUCAAAGAGAAGAUAUUGAUCUUGGAAGACAAGCUUCCUCGGACAAUAGCCUCAUGCAGGAGGCUCGCGUCAAAAAGUCUUUCCGUUCUCAGAAAACUUACUGAAACAAUUAAAGCAUGUUAGAUAGUCUUUUAACCCUUUUGUCGGCACUUUAUAAUUAAGACUAUUAAAGAAACAAAGAGGGCAAAAACGAAAAUUAUCACACAUUUAAAUUCUGUUCGUUUUAUUUCUGUUAUCGUUAUUAACUACAUAAUAUGACAUAAUUUAUUCGUUUUUAUU